CAUACACCCACUGUUUUUGGUUUGAAUUCUCCUACUACAAACUAUCCUAUUAAAAUUCUCUAAUUCACCUCUCAUCAUCCAUUCUACCCAGAGACCAGCAAAAUGAUCUUCACACGCAGCGUCUCCUUGACCAAUUUCGCGGUAGCUUCAUCCGCCCUCUGCUUUCAAGUCUUCGUCCUAUACCCCUGGCACAAACAACUCGACGACAGCUUCGAAGAGCUAAAGAAAGAACACCGUCAACUUCUGCAAAAGAUCAACAACAUGCCGCUCCCCUCGAGUGAAAGGUCUCCAGCAACUGCCGCAAACUCGCGACCCUAAUCAGCCAUUCGAGCACUUUUGAAAACGCCUCCCUUAUUACGCUUCAUACCCAUAUAAUCCGCCACAACUAGCGAGUUCAGUUACAGUUUCAGUCUUUUCGGCCGGUAUUCGAUAGAGAUAGAACACAGAUUAGCG